CUCCGUACGAAUCACUCUUUGGAAAAUUUGAAAGAAACGGUUAACACUGGCGAUUAAAUAAACUAAAUGUUAUAAUAUGCGAUAAAUUGUAGAAACGUGGGAAGCUGUUGAUACACAAGGUUUUCGUGCUCUGUAAAGAGAAGAAGAGAAAAAAAAACACCUGCAGAAUGCCAUCCAAGGAAAAUAUCGGAGGAAAUUUAAUCGACGUCAGAGAUGGAAGGACAAAAUUCCUGCCAUCGGAACGAUGGCGAAUCAUGAAAAACAUACUAAUGAUCAGCUUCGCUUUUAUGGUACAUUUCACGGCUUUUAUGGGUGCCAGCAACCUGCAGAGUUCCGUAAACGCUGACAAAUCUCUCGGCACGUUCACCCUGGCUUCAAUAUACGGCAGUUUGAUCCUGAGCAACAUUUUUCUGCCCGUUCUUAUGAUAAGCUGGCUUGGGUGCAAGUGGACCAUAUCUCUGACCUUUAUCUCCUACAUGCCUUUCAUCGCAGCCCAGUUCUACCCCAAGUUCUUCACCAUGAUUCCAGCAGGACUUGCCGUUGGCUUGGGUGGCGGACCACUCUGGUGUGCAAAGUGCACUUAUCUCACGGUUGUGUCCGAAGCUUAUGCCUCCGUAUCGGAACUGAGCGCGGAUGUUUUGGUCACAAGGUUCUUCGGCCUCUUCUUCAUGUUUUACCAAAUGGCCCAGGUUUGGGGAAACUUGAUCUCGUCAGCAGUAUUGUCCUACGGAUUGGAGGCCACGCCAAUGAACAAUACAAUAAACAGCACCCUCGUGGCUGAAAUUUGUGGGGCAAAUUUCUGCAGAGCACAAGCCGGUGAAGAAAAUCCAAAUCUGAAACCGCCACCUGCUGAACGAAUUCAUCUGAUCUCUGGUAUUUACCUAGGAUGCAUGGUCUUCGCUGUACUCAUUGUUGCUUUUGGAGUAGACUCUCUGACUAGAUACGACAGGGGCCGAUCUGGAUCAACUACUGGGAAGUCUGGACUUAAAUUACUCGCUGUUACUUUAAAGUUACUGAAAGAAAAGAGACAGCUGCUCAUUUUACCGAUAACACUGUUCAUUGGGGCUGAGCAAGCUUUCCUUUUUGCCGAUUUCAACGCCGCGUUCGUCUCCUGCGCGUGGGGUAUGAGUAAUAUCGGUUACGUGAUGAUUUGUUACGGAGUGGCAAAUGCGAUUGCUGCUAUCAGCACGGGAUCCGUGGUAAAACUCACUGGAAGAACUCCGGUCAUGGUAUUCGCAUUCAUCCUCCAUGUUGCGAUAAUAGUAGCACUAUUGCUCUGGAAGCCGACACCGGAACAGGGAAUUAUAUUCUUUGUGAUGUCGGGAUUGUGGGGAGUCUGCGAUGCCAUUUGGCUUGUUCAAGUUAAUGCAUUGAGUGGCAUUCUCUUCCCUGGCAAGGAAGAAGCUGCCUAUUCGAACUUCCGACUAUGGGAAGCAACCGGUUCAGUGUUGGCCUAUGCUUACAGCCCCUACUUAUGCACAAACAUAAAGAUGUACAUUUUGUUGGUUAUUCUCUGUAUAGGAGUUACUGGAUACGUAAUUAUCAUUCGAACGGAUAGAGCUACUUGGACCAUUACAGAUGAAAGGAAGGACUUUGAGCUCGUCGCGACUAGAGAAGCUUCUAGCUGAUUAACUCCGUACUAGCACUAUAGAAUCGGUACGACUUACAUGUGAUAAAUCGAAUAUGGUAUUAAAUGCAUGGUGAGACUGCGGGCAAGGAAACGUUCCCAGGAAAGUACAAUGUUUUAAUACUGAGGAGAGUGUGGAUCUUGGAGUGAUAUUAAUUGGUUCCGGUCACAAGUUGUACGGCUCUAAAAAACUGGAAAUCACAUGUGAAAAAUAAUUUGAAAACACUUGGCGAUAUUUAAGCUAGAACUAAUACAUCAUGAACCGUCAUGAAGUAAUUGCAGAAAUAAUUCAAUUUUUUUGAUCAGUUAAUUGUAUUGUGUAUGUAAAGAAAAUUAUAUUCUCGUAAAAUUGUGGAAGGUGUAAGUGUAUUCAAUGGUGCCAUUUGAAACCCACUGAAAAAACCAUAAGCAUUUUUCAAAAUA